ACUGACGAAUGCGAAUGUCCCUGCCCGAUAGACUUUUUGGCCGAGUCGCUUAAGCUUUCUGCGCUGAGCUGCGCUACUGUAAUUCCGAGCACCUGCUGCACUGCUCCCGGCUCUCCCUCCUCAAUUUUUGAAGCUGUCUCUGUCCUGCACACAACCUCUCAACCCCCGAGCGAUUGCAUCGUCGCGACGGAGUGUGCAACUUGUUUAGAUGCGGAGGCGGUCUUCUGGAUCCGCCGCAGAGGAAGAAGGCGAAGAUUCCCCAUCGAAUGUCGAAGCUUUUGAAGGGGUAAGGGGAUCGACGACCACGGAUCUCAGCGACCUUCAGACGCCUGCUCGAACCUCAGAUACGCAACACAGUAACACACCACGCGAGCUUGACAGACGGAAAAGCACAGAUAAGAGGCCUUCGACUGCCAGAAGCCGCCGACCGAGCAACACGAAUUGGAAGACGUCAGAACCGCGAAAUGGGACCGUGGAGAAGAAUCGACCUGCCGAAACUCCUGUGAUCAUUGUGCCUUCGAAAGAGGCCAUUGCAGCCGAUAAGAUGGCAGAUUCACGUUCAAAUGCUCGUCGGCCGAGAUUGAGAAGUCCCUGGUCCUGUUCGCCCCUCACACUCGCUACGACGGCGUUGGCUUUGCUUUCCUUGGCCUCCAUUAUACACUCCUUUGUUAGUCGACAGCUAGAUACCAAGGGAUGCCGGAUGUCAUAUAUGAGACCGUCAUUUGCGAAGCUUUCCGAUUUCGACACGGAACAUACGCGUUUCGCUAGCAAAUAUUCAGUGUACCUUUACCGCGAGGGAAUGGUGGACGAGGAUACAAAGGUUAAGGGGGUUCCAGUGCUUUUCAUACCAGGCAAUGCGGGAAGUUAUAAACAAGUGCGGCCUAUCGCAGCGGAAGCAGCAACUUACUUCCACGAUGUUUUACGGCACGAUCCAGCUGCAAUCAGUGCCGGAACACGAAAUCUGGAUUUUUUUACUGUCGACUUCAACGAGGACAUCACGGCUUUUCAUGGACAGACAUUACUGGACCAAGCGGAAUAUUUGAACGAAGCAAUCGCGUACAUAUUGUCUCUCUACCAUGAUCCUCGCAGAUCCGAAAGAGAUCCGGAUCUCCCAGAUCCAACCUCUGUCAUCAUCCUAGGACACUCAAUGGGAGGGAUCGUGGCUCGGACGAUGUUGGUUAUGCCAAACUACCAGUCCAAUUCGAUCAAUACCAUAAUCACUAUGUCUGCUCCUCAUGCGCGACCACCUGUAUCUUUCGACGCAGAAAUUGUCAGGACGUACAAGCAGAUCAACGAUUAUUGGAGGCAAGCUUAUUCGCAAAAGUGGGCCAACAACAAUCCGUUAUGGCACGUCACUUUAAUUUCCAUCGCGGGUGGAGGCCUUGACACUGUCGUUCCCUCUGAUUAUGCAAGCUUGGAGUCAUUGGUACCCGAUACACAUGGUUUUACAGUGUUCACGUCUUCGGUUCCGAAUGUUUGGACAGGUAUGGAUCAUCAAGCUAUCCUCUGGUGCGACCAAUUUCGCAAGGUUGUAGUACGAUCACUAUACGAUGUGAUCGAUGUCAAUCGACCGGCUCAGACGAAACCAAGGGCGGACAGGAUGAGAAUAUUCAAGAAAUGGUACUUGACAGGCAUGGAGAGUGUUGCUGAGAAGACGUUGUCUCAAAAGGAACCCACAACUCUUCUGACCCUUGAGGACAAUUCCAACUCAAUCAUUGCCCAGGGAGAAAGAUUAACACUACGCAAGUUUGGGCAAAACCGCAAGCCUCGGGCACACUUACUGCCAAUCCCACCUCAAGGUACGCCUGGCGGUAAAAGGUUCACGCUUCUGACAGACCAGAAACUUGACAAGCCAGGAGAUUCUGGAAAGCUCGAGGUUUUAUUCUGCAGCGUGUUUCCUCUGCACCCUGGGCAGUCAGCAACGCUAUUUUCGAUGAAUAUGGACCUCUCAGGCGACAGCUCUGGAUCGACCCGAUUGGCCUGUAAGAACGCCGCUUCUGAUGUCAUUGUGUUACCAGCUUCAACAAGGACUACCAAGAAACCAUUCUGGCUUGACGAGGAAGAAGAGGUGCAGCCAUUUUCAUAUCUGCAGUAUGAUCUGGAGGACAUUCUCGACCAUCAGUUUGUUGCUAUUGUUGAUAAAGUGGUGGAUCCUACUCCGGGAUGGGUCAUUGCCGAAUUCAGUGAUAAUGUCCAAUCGCAUCGAAUCCGGUCACUCGGUCUUCGCCGCCUACUAGCCUUCGGUUUGAAGAUCAAGCUUCCCCCGAAUAGGCCCAUGGUAGCAGAGGUCAAGAUCCCUGCUCUGCAUUCGAGCUUGUUGUCAUACAAACUUGAAAUGGGAAAUCAAAUUUGCGGAGAAGAGGCAGAGAUGUUUACACCUCUACUUCGGCAGUACAUUUCAGAACCUUACGAAUCGAAGUACUUUGUCAACGUUAAGCAAGCAGACAUCAAUUUGCAUGGAGUCUCGCCCUAUAUGCCACCAGCCCUCAAAUACAAGAGCGCUCAGGAAGGAAUGAGCCUGCAAUUCUGGACAGAUCCUACAUGCAAUUCUAGCAUCAAGAUCUCCUUGAAGGUUGAUGUUCCUGGAAGUCUUGGAAAGCUCUACAUGAGGUACAGGACAGUUUUCGCAGCCUUUCCGCUCCUGGUCGUUGCAUUGGUCUUAAGAAAGCAGUUCCGUGUUUACGACGAGACAGGAAUCUUUAUGGCCUUUACAGAAAGUUUAGAUUUGUGUCUCCGUCAAUCCCUACCGCUGGUCCUUUUGGCGCUUACAUGCUUGUCGGUCUCUCUGGCGCAAACAAGCUCGUUACCGCCAAAAGCUGCUCAGGCCGGAUUCUGGGGCUGGCGAGGAAAUGCGACAGAAAGCCAGGUAAAUUUCACCAAGAACGAUCUCCUCGUAGGCGCACAGGACCCAUUCUUCUGGUUCAUGGUUCCUCUAAUUGGUCUGGUGUGUGUUGGAGCAUGCGUAAUGUUAAAUUAUGCGGCUUUGGCUGUUACACACGUUUUCAGUAUCGUGUAUGGAUGGCUCAGCGUCAAACCUGCUUGGCUCCGCAAUGAGGAUAAGAGAAGAGCAUUGUCUCCAGCCUUCGCCCCAUCUACACCUCGAAGACGUUUCUUGACAACGGGAAUUCUUCUCUUUCUUGUCUCGACCGUCAUCCCUUACCAAUUUGCAUAUCUGGUCGCAUGCUUGGUACAGAUUGCCACAUGCACCCGCGCUCUUCGAUUUGCCAGAGAGGCUAGAUCCAACACCAACUACAACUUCUACAAUUACGUACACUCAAUCCUGAUCCUCAUGCUCUGGAUCCUUCCCAUCAAUCUUCCCAUAUUGGUUGUCUGGGUGCACAAUCUGGCCGUACACUGGCUGACACCAUUCUCUUCACAUCAUAAUGUGCUCUCCAUAAUGCCUUUCAUCCUCCUGGUUGAAACAUUGACGAGCGGCAAAAUGGUGCCUCGAGUCUCGUCACGCCUUCGUCACCUUACCAGCGUGUUCUUCUUCGGCAUUGCAAUUUAUGCUGCUGUGUACGGAGUGACGUACGCUUACAUGCUGCAUUACCUGGUCAACUUUGUUGCAGCUUGGCUGGUUGCAAUUCACUCGUCGACGUCUUCAUGGUCCCUUUCGGGACUUAGUAGCCUUUUCGAGCAAGAAGUCAAUGAGAACACCAGGAAACGAGGGAAGACGCCUUGAGUACGACCUCUCCUGAACAACACCAAUAUACGAAAUUCAACGAUUCGAUGCAGCAUUUUCGCCUGUCCUCUGUUAGGACCGGCAAACCCUCUAAUACACGCUAGAUUUUCGUUCCAUGCUCAAUUGAGACUAUUACAUUCAUCGGCGUUUCCCACAUACAUGAGCGGUUUCUCUCUAUACGAGAGUUCUCUAGAUUUUCAUUUGCGAGUCUUGCAUACA